AAUUCAAGAUGGAUGGAAUCACAGCGGCAGCGGCGGCUGCGGGUUGCGCGAGCCGAGCGUGAGAGGAAAGGGACCCGGCGCCUGCCCCGGGGCUGAAGAGCGUGGGUUGCGGGCGCCGGGCCCUUCUACGCGUGCGCGGGGCCGCGGUCCUCACCGAGCAUGCUCAGACUCCCACGUAGCCGUGUGUGCCUUUACAAUGCGCAUGCUCUGUGCCCGCACUUGGCCUCGCCCUCGCUCCUGCGCAUGCUCAUUCUCCGGCCCGCUGAGCUACUCAUCCUGACCGGGUGGCCUGGGUAGCCAGGGAAUGGACCCGGGCGCGCGCGUCCCUACAAAGCCGUUGAGACACCGCAGCGGGCAAGGGUGCACACUUCGGGGCCCUGCGGCACGCGCGCGAGGCCGGGGGGACUGGGCGGCACUGCGCACCUGCCGCGGCUGGAGCGUGUGACAGACAGCCUGUCGGUCAGCCUUUCCGCGGACACGUCCAGAGCCCGUGCAGACCCUGCCCCACCUCCCCGAGAAAGACCCCCCCCUCCCGCCCAGGGACAUAGCGCACAAGACUCCUUUGCAGCCCACACGUGGGCCGGGGCUUCUAUCUCCCAGGCCUGGUUGUCAGGAGCACCCUGAGAGACCGCACCUUGUAAUCAAAAAAACCAUGCAUGCACUAUGCGUCCCUGAGGCCCUGGGUGCUGGAGAAUCACACACUGCAGCACUUUGCAGGGGCCCUUAGAUAGGUACUCCUUGAGGUGGCCCGACACAGGGGCGCUGUUGAGGGACACUGAGCAGCAUCCGAAGCCUGUAAUAUUUGUGUUAGUGCAUGAACUCCAAUCGCCUCUACGUCCUCGGACAUCUGUGUUAGAGCAUAGUCCGGUGAUUGUUCAUCAGCAUGACCCUGAGUCAUGAGUUCCUGGAUUUGUUUCAUGAUCCUCCCACCUUGUUUAAGAGGGCGAAAAUAGGUUAAUCCAUGUUAGCAUUUCCAUCAAAAACCCUCCUCCACGUCUGGUAAUUAAUCAUUACCCUUAACCUUACCCCUAAAUAUUGACCUUAAAGGAGAAAAUUGGCUUACUUAAAAGGGACUCUAGUUCAGCCUAUACACUUAACAGUAUAGCGUUUUUUAUUUAGUAAAAAUAUACAGAGUGUCAUUCUGAGAAAACAGAAAUUAGUCAAUAGAAGCUCUCCCUCAAGGAAUUGACAGUAUUAUGUAGUGGGGGAAAUUGGGUAUGGCAACACUAAAAGCAACAAAAGAGUUAAUAUAGAGGUCUCCAGACAAGGAGAAGUCACUUAAGAGCUGAUUGAGGGCUGACUUUACAGAUAUCAGAGAGUGGCCAAAGGGCAAAGGAAAGAGAAUCACUUUCUGCCUGAGGAGACCUGGCUCGCAUCACCCCAACCUAAAGAGGCAAUGUAUGAAGACAAGCAGGUGUGAGAGUGUGGACCACAGGUGCCAGGCAAGGCAAGUGGGUUCACUGAGAUGGAUCUGUUCAGAAGGCAGCCAGGGGCUGGAGCCUCAAGAAGUUUGAGCAGAAAUGCAGAUGGAGUCGUAGUCCAAUUGUUAGUGUAGCUACAAAAGCUGAGAAAAUGCCCUGGUCUGGGCUCCACAUGGCUCUGCAGAGAUAAAGGUGAACAAGUCUAGUGAGCUUUCUAUGCAUGGCAGAUGCCUGCCAAGCCUUGUGCUAGGAAUUCACAGAUGAAUACAAGGACUUUGAGAAGGGGGGGGGAGCACGUGAGAUCUGAGAGAUUCACAUACAAAAGCUGAUGCAUUGAAAUCACUAUGGGGUUAUUGCAGAGGGAUGGAUGGAGUGUUGCUGUUGGCAAGUUGCAAAAGCUUUAUAGUUCCAGCUAAAUCUUUCUGUGCAACGGCCAAGUAAAGGAGAGGUAGAAGAUAAUUUUAAGUUUCAGAAACUGGAAAUGCAGGUUUGUGGGUUACAUGGUAUGGAGUGCCACCCAGGCAUGGUACAGAGGUGAAUUGACAUGUCAGAGAAGUCUGUAGUUUGGAUUUUUCUAGAAAAUAAUAAAAUAAAAAAUCAAACUGUAGUCUAAAACAGGGCAGUAAAGUGGCCAACUUCAUUUAGAGAAAGCAGUCAAAGAGCUUCAUUUGUACUCCUUAAUUUAAUUGGAGUAGAAGGUAGGAAAUAAUCACAUAUUUAUUGUGUAGGAUCCCACACUGAACAUCAUGAAGAAUGUCAGAAGUAAUGUAUUGGACCUUAAAGAGCUUGAGGUCCUGGUGGAACACACAGCCAGCUAGCAUGUGACAGUGAAUUAACACAGUGUGGUUGUGUGUCUGCUCUGUGUGGCAAAGGAAUUGGCAGAGGAGGCAUUUGCUUUUUUUUUUUCCUUUGACAAAGGCUUGUAGCCUAUGUUGUCCUUGAACUCAAUCCUCCUACAUCAGCCUGGAGUGCUGGCAUUGUGGACAUGUGCCACACCCUGUAUUUUGUUUACUCGUUCUAAGCUUAAGUAAGUUAAGGACUGUAUUUAUUGGCCUGCUUUUAUUUAGUAUACAGACCCAGUGACCUAAACAACACAAACUUUCUCAUAGUUACAGAAGCUGGAAAUUGGAGAUAAAAGUGGUGUUGGCAGGCCAGCUCUUCUGGGGUUUCUCCCCUUGGCUUAUAGACAGCAUCUUAUGUCUUCAUAGGAUCUUCCCUCCAUGUUUGUCUCUGUUCUAAUGCACAGUUUAUUUUAAUUAGCUGUAUAAAGACUGCAGCACCAAAUAUGAUUGCCUUUUGAGGUGCAGAGGUAAGGACUUCAAUAUACAAACUAGUGAUGUUGGCUGGGAAUGUUCAGCUGUAAAGUAUUCCCAAAGGAUUAGAACUUGAGCAUAUUGGAAAAGGAGUUUGGCACAGUCUAGGAUGGUUCAGGUUGAGUGGUGGAGGAGGUCAGGUGGGAAGAUUGUGUCUCUAGGACAGAAACAGGGAAAAGCCACAGUAAGGUAACUAAAGGAUUUUAAAAGUAUAGAGGCUUGAAGGUCAGUUAUUAAGGAUUUUGUAUUUUAGCCUAUUUUGUUUUAACUAGGACAGAGGAAAUUAUAACAUUAUUCGGUCUUUUCAUCUUAACAAAAUAUUACAUCAAGAUGGUUCCUGAGCUCCCUGUGCACUUCUGGGGACUACACCAGCCAUCACACUUCUCUCUCCAACAAGACAUUUAGCACAUUAAAAUUGACUUUUGGGAUUUCCUUAUCUCUAGACCGUGGGAGUUUAUUUGUCUUGAGUACCUAUGUGUUCAAAUAUAUUUAACCAUGCCUUGCACAUGGAGAGAGCCAAUGAGCAAACUGCAUUUGUGGAAGAGAUUGUGUGCUGGGACAUUAAUGAAAGCCUUGCUUGAGGAAUGUAGCAUAUGAAGGACAGGACAGGAGCAGGCAGCAUGCAGAAAUAUGCCAGAACAGAAACUGACUGACUGAAAAGGGAAUUUAUUGUUUAAAAAAAAAAAAGAUUAUUCUUGAAGUUUGAGGAAAAUCUUAAAAACAAACAAAACAAAAAAAACCUUGGACCACGAAGGACAAAACCAUACCACUUGCAGGAAUGUAUGAGUCAGGCAAUGACACAUUGAAUUUUCAGACUGCACUGAGAUCAAUUAGUCAGUUCCACUCAGCUUUUGCCUUUGUCUUGUCAUGAACUAUAGUCCAGGGAGAAAGUUUCUACAACCAUCAGCUUGCACUUGCUAGGCAAAGUGUUCUCCCAAAGCAACACAGAGAGUCUCUGCAGAAGGAGUAAUAGCUGCUGGGUGGCCAGAACAGACCAGCAGAGGCUGCUUGUCUGCAGUAUAGCUAAGAGUCUAAACUGUAUUACAGUGGAGCCAUCCUCCUGGCUGAGGCUGCCCUUCAACCAAAUUUGAACUAGAAAGAGGGAGGCUGAAAUGUGUUGAAGUGGAGUACAGUAACUUGACACCAUGAAGGAUUCCCUAAGCAAGUCUGGCUUUGAAACCUGAGGCACUUCAGAUAAUUUGUGGAUGUCUGCAAUGUUACCAGUCACAGGAAUGUGAGGUGCAGGAGAACAGGAAGCCAGCCAGCGAGUUCACCUCCCACCAUCAGCACCUCUUAUGAUGCACAGUGUACAGCGGGCUCACAAACACUCGGGAGAGGAAGAGAGAAGGAAGAUGUGUACUUGCCAGAUAAACUGCAGGAUGGAGGGACUGCUGCAUUACAUCAACCCGGCACAUGCCAUUUCUCUGCUCAGUGCCCUCAAUGAGGAGCGCCUCAAGGGACAGCUGUGUGAUGUACUCCUGAUUGUUGGGGACCAGAAGUUCCGGGCUCAUAAGAACGUCUUGGCUGCCAGCAGUGAGUACUUCCAGAGUUUAUUCACGAAUAAGGAGAACGAGGCACAGACUGUCUUUCAGCUGGACUUCUGUGAGCCUGAUGCUUUUGACAACGUUCUGAACUACAUUUACUCCUCCUCCCUUUUUGUGGAGAAGGGCAGCCUUGCUGCUGUACAGGAGCUGGGGUAUAGCCUUGGUAUCUCCUUCUUGACCAACAUCGUUGCCAAAGCCCCUCAGGCUCCUUUUCCAGCCUGUCCAAACAGGAAAAGAGUGUCAACGGAAGAUGAUGAGACCAGCUCUCAGAAGCGAAGUGUCAUCGUGUGUCAGGGCAGAAGCGAAGUGCCAGGGAAAGCCAGUGGGCCAGCGGUGCAGGACCUGAGCCAUGCUACCGUGGUCUCGCCAAGUGGUGCAGUCAAGACCAGCACCAAUAAGCCACCUGUGGCCAAGCCGUCAGAACCGCUUCACAGUCUGUCUUUAACUGAAAAGAGUUGGCCGAAGGAUAGUGCUGCUGUAUAUGCAAAGUCUGUUGAACAGCCUGGGGCUUUGGAUGAUCCUAACAGGGGCAGUUUGGUUAAGAGGAAUGCAGUCCUACCUCCAAAGCCUUUACAAGACAGGGAGGCCACAGACGAUAAGCCAGGGGUAAGCAGCCAGCUACCCAAGGGGAAAGCUAUUGAGCUGGCACUGAAGAGACCACGGCCACCUGUUCUGUCUCUUCGUAGUUCAUCAGAGACUCCAUAUCUCUUAAAAGAAACUAGCAAAGGAGGCAGUCAGGGGGAGGAUAGGAACUUGCUCUACUACUCUAAGCUAGGCCUGGUGGUUCCAUCCAGCGGGCCUGCUUCUGCAAAUCAGAGCGUUGACAGAAGUGGCCCAUUAGUGAAAAGCCUCCUCAGGCGGUCACUGUCUAUGGACAGCCAGGUUCCUGUCUACUCCCCCUCCAUAGAUUUGAAGUCAUCCCAGGGAUCAUCCACAGCAGCAAAUGAGGCAUCAGGCAGUGUGUUCUGUGCAGUGUCUCAGAAGUCAUCUUUAAAAGAUGGCAGUGAAAAAAAAAACCUGGAUGACAGACCUCAAGUGCUACAGCCUCACCGCCUCAGGUCCUUUAGUGCUUCGCAGUCAACAGACAGGGAGGGAACCUCCCCUGUGACUGAGGUGCGCAUUAAGACUGAGCCUAGCAGCCCUCUUUCGGAUCCCUCAGACAUCAUCCGGGUCACCGUGGGAGAUGCAGCAACAACUACGAGAGACCUGUACCUCAAAACAGAGGAAGACCAGAAGGACAUAAGCAGACUCCCAGCAAAGAGACGGUUCCAGGCAGACAGAAGGUCACCCUUGAAGAAGGCAAGGGCAAAUGAUCUUGGGCCUUCUGUCUCAGAAGAGAACUGUGAGGAGGGCAGGAGCCCUCCCUCCCUUGACAGCAACUUCCCAGAUUCUGAAUUAAACAGAGAGGAGUUUGGUGAGUUGGAGGGGACGAGACCAAACAAAAAAUUUAAAUGCAAACAUUGCCUUAAGAUUUUUAGAUCAACCGCGGGUCUUCACCGCCAUGUUAACAUGUACCAUAACCCAGAGAAGCCUUACGCUUGUGACAUCUGUCACAAGAGGUUUCAUACCAACUUCAAGGUGUGGACACACUGUCAGACCCAACACGGCAUAGUGAAGAACCCAUCGCCAGCCUCUAGUUCCCAUGCAGUUUUGGAUGAGAAAUUCCAAAGAAAACUGAUUGACAUAGUGAGAGAGAGGGAGAUUAAGAAGGCCCUGAUCAUUAAGCUGAGGCGCAGCAAGCCUGGCUUCCAGGGACAGAGUAGUUCCCCAGCACAGCAAGUCAUCAAGAGGAACUUGCGCUCCCGAGCCAAAGGGGCCUACAUUUGUGCCUACUGUGGCAAGGCAUACCGCUUUCUCUCUCAGUUUAAGCAGCACAUAAAGAUGCACCCGGGAGAGAGGCCCCUCGGAGUGAGCAGAGCUGCUAAGCCAAAAGAGCAGGCUCUGGCACGCGCGGUAGAGAGCAAGGAGGUUUACCCGUGCCGCCUCUGUAAUGCUAAGCUCUCUUCUCUUCUAGAGCAAGGCAACCACGAGCGCUUGUGCCGGAACGCCACCGUUUGUCCUUACUGCAGCCUCAGGUUCUUCUCCCCCGCGCUGAAGCAGGAGCAUGAGGACAGGUGUGAGUACAAAAAGCUGACCUGCCUGGAGUGCAUGCGCACCUUCAAGUCUUCCUUCAGCAUCUGGCGGCACCAGGUGGAAGUGCACAACCAGAACAACAUGGCUUCAGCAGACAACAUCUCCCUGCCCACCCUGGACCACAACGGUGAAGUGGCAGCUGCUCCCAGGCCUCAGGCUGAGCCUAGCAAGGUAAACCACGUGGUUGUUCCAAAAGAGGACACAGUGUUUAGUGACUCUUCAGAGCAAGUGAACUUCGAUUCUGAGGAUUCCUCCUGCCUCCCUGAAGACUUGAGUCUUUCAAAGCAACUGAAAGUCCAAGUCAAAGAGGAGCCUGUGGAGGAGGCCGAGGAGGAGGCUCCUGAGGCCAGUGCAGCUCCCAAGGAGCCUGGUCCCAGCAAGGAGGCUGGUCUGUGGCCCUGCGAGAAAUGUGGAAAGAUGUUCACGGCACACAAGCAGCUGGAGCGACACCAGGAGCUGCUGUGUUCCGUGAAGCCCUUCAUCUGCCACGUGUGCCACAAAGCCUUCCGCACCAACUUCCGGCUCUGGAGUCAUUUCCAGUCCCACAUGUCUCAGGCCACAGAGGAGCCUGCACAGAAAGAGGCUGAGGUGUGUCCUGUGCCCACAAAUUCCCCCUCACCACCACCUCUACCACCUCCACCACCCUUGCCCAAGAUCCAGCCCCUGGAGCCCGACAGCCCCACAGGCCUUCCUGAGAACCCGACCCCAGCCACAGAGAAGCUAUUUGCACCCCAGGAGUCAGAUACCCUCUUCUACCACGCUCCUCCCCUUUCAGCAAUCACAUUCAAAAGACAGUUCAUGUGCAAGCUUUGCCAUAGGACUUUCAAGACCGCCUUCAGUCUUUGGAGUCACGAGCAGACACACAAUUAAAAGACCUACCCCUCUCACCUGUCAAAACAGCAGGCCCUUGGCUUGUGAACUGUGUCCUAAGACAACAUUUUUUAAAAAAAUAAUAAAGGUUGGAAAUUGUUAUGUUUGAAUUUAGGUUUGGGGAUAAAUUGAUAUUGACUAGGAAUGUCCUUACAGCUUCAGAAACAAAUGUGGAAACAUUGUGUUCUGGACCUCAGCCAGCAGGGGUUUGAUUCUGUUACUGUUAAAGUUGAGUUAAUGUUGGUGAAUUGCAUGGUUCCUCAUUCCAAGGUGUCACUAUAAUUACUUGAUUGAGGUUUUUGUUUUCUGGGUAGUAGGAUAUUAGGGUAUUGUUAGGUUUUUGGUUUUGGGUUUUUUAAAUUUAUUAUUAUUUCAGAUACCUAAGUUUGAGGUAACCCCUUAGCCGUGUUUGUAAGGCCAAAACAUGAGAAAGAAAGGGAGUCAUUUGCAGUAUUGAGUCAGAUUUUAGAAUACCUUAGCAAUAAGAAAAAACAAACCCCAACUUUAAUAAAUUAUCCUGACACUUGAUAAGACAAAUAUUUGGUAUUUUGUGGUCCUAUGAAACUUUCUUUUUGUAUGAAAAUUGUGAGACUUUAAAUCAGCAAUAGUCACACUUAGGUUUUUCUAAUAAAAUAACGAGCUAUCAAUCACUUCGUAUAAUCAGUGAUGGUCAUGUGCUAAGGAAGACAGAGAAAUAGAAACAUGUUUGGGGAGUGCUCAACAGUCAGCAAUAGCAGAUUAAUUGUGAGAGCCACUGAAUUCUGGUAUGUCUUCUGUAUCAUAGCAGCUUUCAACUGGCACUUUAGAGCUGACAGUGUUUGGUCUCUACGGUGUCAUUGGGAUAAGCAUUGCUAGCAUGAGGUUAGCAGAGCACAGCCUCACCGCAUCCUAAGCUACCAUUCCUUCUAGGAGCUUCAGAGAUUGGAGGAAGUGCCACGUUGCAGCAUUCAUGCACUUUACAAGAACUGUGUGCACAACAUACACAUUUCUGUCUUAUGUGAGGAUAUCUAUGGGGGUGUUGAAGUGGACAGCAGUGAAAAUGUCACUAUCUGACAUGCAAAUGUAUAUUAAAAAACUAGCAAAGGUCCAAAAUUAGUUUUUGCAACUUGAUUUGUUACUUAGGGUUUGGGAUUCUUUUUUUCUGUUCCACAUAGGUUGUAAAUAAAAGCCUCUCCAUAGGCAAUAUACAAAGUUCAGUGGAGUAUUUCAAAAGGCAAAAUUUCGAUUUCACUCUGAGGGAGGAUCACACCUGGAAAGGAAACUAGGGGAGCACAAACUCCCUAUUCACUUUUGCUGCAAGCUGCUUCUUCACAUUUUCAAGCAGAGAUCUAGCAGAGAUACUACCCAUCUGAUUAUAAGCAUUCUACACCCAUGAUAGCAAAGGCAGUCUUUGUAUUGAAGCAAAGAUUUUUAUAAAAUACUAAUUGACUUUGUAAUUAUAGAAGCUGUAUGUGGAAUUUUGACCUUUAUUCUUUCACUUGAAAAAGCUUUUGAAAAUCCAUAAAUAUGUCUGCGUUUCCUAUUUUGUUCCUUAAAAUUUCAGAGAAGGGAAAUAAAAUUAGGUUGCAGCUACUGAUUCUUGCCAUCUGCUUUUUUGAACUAUGCAUUUUAGAGAUGAACUAAAAGUGUCCACCUUUUAAUGAAUGAAGCUAGUGCCAGGCUAGGUAGCUGUCCACUGAACUCAAUCCCUGUGGUGAGUGUCUAGUCUCUCUCUCUAAACACCUUGGAGUGUCACUUUUUAAAAGGCCAUCUCCCUGCAUGGUCGUCUCCUGUGUAGCUACAGAGCGAUAAUCUCCAAAUCUGGCAUUGCCAGCUCAGUGCCCCAGGACUUGAACCUAUGCUACAUUUUUGAAGAUUUAUAAAAUAAUAUUGUUGCAAAAAAAAAAAGAAAAAAAGUAUUUUUGAUCUAAAUGUAAGGUCUUCAUGUUUGUUAGGAUUUACAAAUUACCAGUGUUUGUCACCUUUUUUGUCUAGGAAUAAAACAUAAGAUUUCAAAUAAAAUUUUGAACCAAAAACAUUUAUAAUGCAGUUGUGACUUUUCUAUUGCUUUUUAUACUGUAUAUUAAAAGACUCUUUCAGAGUUUAUUUUGGUGUUAAAAACUAUCCUUCCACUCAUGUAACUAUUUUAAAUGCUGAGAAACAAAAUAAUAAAAUACAUUAAUCACUGUAUUCAGUAAACAGUUUUUUAGAGAAUGUUUAUCUCAGCCAGCAGGCAGAUAUUUGGUGUUCAGUAAAUAGGUCUUUCAUCAUUGUAAAUCUUUAGAUAGUAAAGAUAUUCUUGUAAAUGUUUUUUUCUGGUUGUAAUUAAUUUUUGCAAGUAUAGAAAGCACAUUGUUUCUUGUAAUUAUUUAAGAUGCCUGCUUUUUUAUGCAGUUGUGGAAAGAAUGUAAACUGUUUUAAUAUAUUCUUUGUUAACCUGAGAACUUGUUAAUGAAUUGUUUUCUUUAUGUGGGGAGGAUUGAGUACCUAAAGCAUGUUUUUCCCACUCAGAGUAAUAAACUAAUAUAUCCAUA